UGGCAGAGAUUAUUCACACCUUUACUGAAGACUAUCAGGAUAUCAAGCAGGAACAACGACACAAUGGAUUUCCAAAUUGCAAAGAAAACUCAAAGCCUCACCACAGCUGAGGAGAUGAGAAAUCAAACCAAGCUUGUGAUGCAGCCGUAUGCCAACUGGGAGGAGUAUCUGACUCCUGCUCCACUCUCCAUAGCCAUCCUGGGAGAGCUGGUCUUCAUCUCCUCCAAAACAGACUUCUCCAUCAACAAGAACCCACCUAAAGCUGGCUACAAGUACAUCAGAUACCCAGAUUCAUUUCGUGCCUGCCUCAUGCAGGUGUGUAACUCUGGCUGGUGGGCUUUCAACGAGGCCCAUAAGAACAUGGAUCAGAUUAGACUCCACACCAUGGCAGUUCCAGAUUACAUGAAGACAGCUGUGAAGAUCCUGUUCCAAGGCAAUGAUGAGGUUGUUGAAGCCCACCUUCCUGAUCAGCUGGAGAACAUUCGUGUCAUUGCAGAUGAUUGUCUUGAGUUGGCCACUGCAACAGAAAAGCGGUUCACUGAUGUCAUCAAUAUUAUCCAGGAACUGCUAGAAGCAUGUGUAAAUGCUGAGUACUUUUAUGGGGAGGAGCUGGAUGCUAUCAAGAAGAAACUGAAUGAGGCGAAGCUGAGGAAACAGUCAUCUAAAGAAGCUUCUAAACGCUCAGAGAAAGCAAUGAAAGCCAUGGAAGAGCAACUUAAGGAAGCACAUGAAAGUUACAACAAAGCAAUGGAUUCAGUACCCGGUGGAUGGGACUUGAUUGGUAUGGAUCUUGUCGCAGGCUUGACUGAGAGAGUCACAACUCUACUUAAUGGAGUAACAGCCGUGAUUACCCAGCGAGGGAACCAAUACUGGAAAGUUUCCAGAAUAAUUACUCAUGCAAUGCAUCACAUUAAACGUCAAGAAUCUGCUGUUGAUGGUGUUGAUGUAAUUAAUAUUUAUAGCAAAUCUGCAGAAAUCCUGAUGUGCACAGUGAAUGUACAAGAGUUUGUGCAGGACAACACUAUUAACUGGAAAGACUUGUAUGAUCAAAAGAAUAAAGCUACAUUAACAGAUUUCCAGGCAGAUCAGUUCAAAAGAAUCAAGGAAAGUUUAAAAGAAAGCCCAAACUGUAAAGAAAAAAUUGAUGCCCAAAACAUAUGUGAUGAGGGCAUUACAAUCUGUGCAGAACUAGCAAAGUAUGCACCAGAGGGGAAAUGUGAAGAAGCCAAAACCAAGAAGCUGAUUAAAAGGAUCAGAAAUCUGACUGAAUCAGCUCGAAGUUUCGACAGCAAAAGUAAAGACGUCACAAAUUCUCCUUCCCUGGCUCCCAAACCACCAAUGAUGUAUAAAGAAGAAAGUAAAUCUCAGAAGAUGAGCGCUUCACAAAGAGAAUCAGAGAAUGCCAGGUUCCGCAUAGAGCAGAGCCGCGCUCAACUGGACAAGACCAGAGAGAUCUAUGAGAAGAGUGUAGAGAACAUGGAGAAGAACCAAAAUGAGCUGACUGAAAUCCUGAUCACCAUGAGGAACUGCGAGGUCAAAGAGAUAGACUUUAACACCACUAUACAAAUGCUGGUCAAAGGUAUGGAUGCCAUGGGGAGAGUGAAGGAGCAGUGGGAGAAGAUGGUGCGUUUCUUUCAGAUGGUGUCCAACAUCGUGAAAACCAGCCUGACAAGAACCCUUAAAGAUUUUGUCUCCACAUCUGAAAAGACACAAUCACUUUCCUAUAACGCAAAGCUCUUCUCCAAAGACCUGCUCUACAGUCAAGCCUUUCAAGCCACUAACAUCGCCAGCCUCGUCCACAUGAUCUCAGCAACCUACACCGAGGUUUCCAACAAUCACAUCAUGGAUCGUGUCAGCUCUCUGGGGAAACUGAUGGCCAUGGACAAGGCAAAGCCAGAGUUUCUUUCUGAGCGUCAGCAGUUACAGAACUCCUGUGAUGAGGCUCAGAAAGCCAUCUUAUGCCUUGUCCUCAAGAACAAGAAUGAGUUUGAAAGGAAAAGUGCUGCAAGACUGGAGAAGAUUGACAAAGAGUUGCUCGCUAUUCUCCCUGCUGCUGCUCCAGAAGAGAUAAAGAGCAUUCAAGCAGCUGUUCAAAGUGGAUUCACAGAGGAAGAGGAAGCAGACUACGCCUGAGUGAAUGAAAUGAAAAAUGAAAUGAAAAUAAAAAAUUCUACUUUUUUUUAUAUCGAAACACGUAAAGCAUGUAAUAAAUGCAAUAUAUUAUCGCAGUAUUGCUAUUCAGUCUCGUUGUAAAAUAUGUUUUAUAGGGAAUUAUUUUACUUAAACUUACAUUGGUAAUUUCUUACAUUACAUAAUAUUUUAUGUAAGACUUUAUGUAAGACUUUACAUAAUAUUAUUUUGCAGUUGACUGGAAAAUAUUCUUGGAUCAGCUUGCAUCGUAUCAUUCACACAUUUUGUCACAUUUAAUUAACUCACUUUAAACCUUCCAUUCUAACUGCACUCAUAUUACAAAUAUUAAUAUUAAGCCAAACAAUUGGAAAGAGUUUCAAGGUCACUGGAGUAACUGGAUCCCUGCAGUGUCCUGGUUCAGGUCAGGGUCAAAGUCACUGGAAACGUCAUACUGGAAACGUCAUACUGGAAGCAGAGCAAUGCGCCACUUCAAUUCCUGGUACAGACACCUGUCUGUCUCUUUCUGUCUUUCUGACACUGUCUGUCUCUCUUAAGGAGAAAUCUUGCCCUACAGCGCCAUCUGCUGUUGAUCGGAGUAACAUUAUGUUGUGAUUCUGUUCAUUUUUUUUAUUCGAACAAUUUUUCAAAAUGCUUUAUACACUAAAUUCUCACUUUGUGUUUUUUUUUAAUCAAUAAAACUGAAUGCUUAUGACUCACGACACAUCUGCACUAAUUCUAAUUCAGUAGAUUGUUAAUGCCAUGAGAGUCUGUUGCUUCUCAUAGAUAUAUUGUCUUUGAUAAUAAAAAAAAGAAAUACUUAGCUAAUGUACUAAUACGAGCUAAUUUGAAAAAGCCAUGAUUACCACAAUUGUCAAAAAUUGAUCAACAAUGUUUUUGAAUUAAAAAUACUUCAUUUAAAAAACAUAUGAUUGCAUAUUUGUUUGUUAAAUGAGUAAAGUUAAUAAAUGUAUUUCUUUAAAGGUCACAUUUCAUAUCUGAGUGUUUACAAAAAAUAAGCUUAUAAAACAUGAUAUAUUUAUAUGUGAUGGUUUUGGAACUAAAUUAGCUUCAUAAAUGUGCAAUUCUGCUUUUAAAUAUUCAAUCAACCGCAUAUAAUAUCACAUGCACAUCAGCUAUGUUACUCAACUACAUUACUCAUGUUUACUACGGUACUUUACAUUACUAGUUAUUCAGGUCAACAGUGUUUCUCAUGUCAAUCACAGCUCAAGUUUCCACAAGAAUUAAUUUCAAAAUUGUACAUGAAAAUUAGACUUAAUUAAGUAAAUCUGAGACAUAUAUUAAAAUUCUAGAUGUUUUCUUAUGAGAUAGUAUUCAUGAUUAUUACUGUGUUGACAAGCUUGGGGGGUGUGUUCUUUAGGGAGGCCGUUAAAGAAGUAAAAAAUAUGUAUUAGAUGAUUGAGGACAAUGGGAUUUAGCAGGGGAGAAUGUAGCCAAGUGGAGAAAAUUAACAAAACUUAACGUUGAGCAUAAAUUGGUGGUGGGCCCUUUAAGAAACUGUGUUUGCGACACUUGCGUUGCGGCGCUCCAGUAUGGAACACGUGCGUGGAUUUUAGUGUGAGCAGAGCAACGAACGUAAACUAGUGCUCUGAGUUUGAUGCCAUUGUUCUGAAUUUGACGUUUAUGGGUUGCAUGCGUGAGGUGGAUCGGGUUUGAUCACGUUUGGGACACGUGUAAGGACUGGGUAUGUACAAUGAAUGUUAAUGAAGUUUCAUUUUCUUUAUUUAAAGCCCAGUGCAUUUGCCUGGUUGUAGUUGAAUCUGUCUACAUUGGAAUAUGCAUGUUAAAAACAGUUAUGAGUGUUCUUAAAACAUUUCAUACCUUGAUAAAAUUAUUAGAAUGUAUUAAAAAAUUGUUUUUUUUUUUACUCAACAUAUAUUUUCAUGGAAAACUGAGGAGUUUAAUAGUAAGCUAAUGUACCGUUUUAAUUUGAUUCAAAUAUUAGUCUCUACCGUAUUUCAUUUUGUUUUAUUUUAUUUUACUCCAUUUAAUUUCAUUCUAGUGCAAUUCAAAAAGACUGAAUUUUCCUUUAUCUGAACCCUGAACUUUUUGAAGGUUGUGACUCUUCCUGGACUGAAUUUAUCAGAUUUUGAAAUCAGUGCUUAAUCUCCUGUUUUUUCUUUUUUGUCAAAUAAGCACAACAGAGAUAUAAGAUUUACUUUAUUUUAUUGAUUUUUUUUUUAUCAGUACUUAAUCCCACCGAUCACUGUCCUUCUGAGAGACAGCCGUCAGAAUAAAGCCCCUAAAAGAUAUUUUUUUGUAUCCUGUGCUGCUUCCUCACAAUCCACAGGCCACACUUACAAGAACCUGCAACUAUUCUUUCAAAAAUAUUUUACAAAAUUAUUAUUGCUUGAGCAUGGCAGAGAAUGCUUUUGUGAGUAUUUUUGUAUAAAUAUAUUUUGAUUGCAGUGUAUGUUGAUGAGGCUGGUUGUAACCUUCAAAACAGAGGAACACCAUUGAUCUCCAUGCCAGCGUUCGAGUUCCAAGUCAACAUGGAAGCAAAAUUAUGAUCUAAACCAUACAAUAUUUUUUAGGUUGUAUUUUUGAUACUUCCAUUCAUUAAUUUAUUCAUUGUUGUGUAUGUUGUAGCCACUUUUUGUACUUAUAAACACUAAAAAUACAAAGUCAGUGACUAAAGAAAUAAUCAGUCCUCAGUUCAAUUCAGUUGUGAAACGUCUGUGAAACACCUUCUGACCAAUCAGAAUCCAGAAUUCACCAGCACUGUGGUGUAAUUGGCUUUUGGAUGUGUAUAUUUCAUUUUGAGAAGAGUUGUAAAUUUUGGAGAUUUUCUUCAAUCAAUAAAGAUUUGUAAAAUAUG